AUGUCUUCCCUGUCCAUCAGGGCGCCGAAGAAGAAGAAGCCAGUGCCUCUUGCGCAACGGCCAGUUUCAUCUGCAGCACCCACGCAAGCCGUCAAGCGCGAGCCGAUCGACGUCCCAGUCGACACACGCACAUGGACAGAGUACAAGCUACGAGCCGGGCCCACAGGUCCUGUUGUUCUUUCAGACAGACGACAGACUGGUGAGGCAGUACAGGGGAGUGCAACACGUCCGGGUCACAAGUAUAAUAUCAUGCGGUUUCAUGGUGCAAAACCGAUUGAUCCAUCUACAGACCUUGCGCAACCUGUGCGUCUUUCUCGGCGUGAUCCGUACGAGGAACCGGUUGCUGCUGCGGUUGUUGCGGACGAUGGAAGUGAAACGACACCUGCUACAGCUGCAGCGCCGAGUGUUGCACCAGAUAAUGUCGCACCGUAUGCAGGAGCAGGCAGUCGGCGCGGCAACCGUAAAAAGACACGUCAAGUCUAUCAAGCAGAUGAGCAAGUCUACAAGCUGCGUACGGAAGAGCGUUAUCCCUGGAUUUUGGAAGAUUUUGAAGGCAAAGCAUCGUAUCAAGGAACACUCGAGGGUGGGCAGGCGCAUACGUAUGUCUUCAUGACUCUGUCUGCCGAUGGAUUUGAUGUGACGCCCGUCAGCAAGUUUUAUCGGUUUCAACCGCGUGCGCGAUACUCGACGCUGUCGAUUGAUGAGGCAGAGGAGAAGAUGGGCAAGGCGCGUUCGUUGCCACGUUGGUUCAUGCGUGAGGGUGGACCGAGCUUACCAGGUUCGCCUGCACCUGCUGUCGCUGCUCCUCAGCACCGGAUGCGAACGACAACCGACAAUCGAAAGCAGAAUGUCAAGCAUGAGGAAUUGGAGGAAGAACUGGACUUCAACGAGGACUUUGCGGACGACGAAGAGCAGCAUGCGUUGGUAGAGGAUGAAGAAGACAAUAAGGAGUUGGAAGAGCGCAUCAAGAAAGAGAUGCUGUCUGCCAAUGCACUAGGUGACGCAGAUCCAAAUGCAGACGACGAGGAAGAUUCAAAGCAAAAGGCCAAGCUGGAUAAGGAAGGUCGUCGAGUCCAGCGCUUCCUCGAGCGCUUGGAAAAGAACAACAUGUAUGAAUCAGAUUCCAGCAAUCCCUAUGCCUCUUCUUCCACGUCUGAGGACGAAGCAGAAGCCAAGACAUCAGCGGCAGCCAGUGUCAAGGGCGAAGAGGAGAAAAAGUCGCUAGACCAGCUUCGCGACCAAAACAUCCGCGAUCAAGUCAAUCGUCUGCAAAAUACCAGUGUCACCACAUACAACACGCCGCAAGUCUCAGAUGGCUCUUCACUCAGCUCACGUCGACCGUCAGCCUCAAAUCUCAACAACGCAAAAGCUGCAGCGCGUGCACGUCGUCAUCGGCCUGGUCUAGUCACACUGCGACUGCCAAGCGCUGCUCUUGUCAGUUUCGCACAUAUCCCCUCUUCUGCUGCUCAGGCUGGCAGUAGCCUCCACAAACGCCGUGCUGGCAGCGAUGGGUAUGAUUCAGACCGUUCACAAAAGAAGAUUCGCUUCCAGACUGGGGAUGUCACGAGUCCCGGUCCUGCAAGUCGACAAACGAGUCCCUUGGCUUCACCGCGUCAUGGGUCACCUGUUCUUGUCGCUGGUAAUGAGAGUGAUUUGAUUACGGCUGCUGAACUGAAAGAGGCGAUUGUCUCGCAUGGUAGUGUCGACAUGCGCUCGUUGCUGAACCUCUUCAAGCACAAGCUGGCGCGUAAUAAGCAAAAUAAGAAGAACAUGAGUUCCCUCCUCAAGGAAGUUGGCGCCACAUUGCAGAACGGUGUCCUUGUCGUCAAGUAA